AUGCUGAGAAAGGGAGAGUGGGUGUGGUUGGACUCGGGCAUCGGGGUGCCCAUCGGAGCCCGGGUCAAAGUAACAUCAUCUGGUCACCGGUUACUGGUGGACGAUGAGGGGAAGGAACAGAAACUAUCCAAGGAGCAGGAAGCCUCCCUCAAGAUCAUGCACCCUACGUCAGUGGAGGGGGUGGAUGACAUGAUCAAACUGGGAGACAUGAACGAGGCCGGCCUCCUCCGAAAUCUGCUGCUCCGACACAAAAAGGGAAUCAUCUAUACCUACACAGGCUCAGUGCUGGUGGCAGUGAACCCAUACCAGGAUUAUCCUUUAUACUCACCAGAGACGGUCAAGUUGUACCAUGGUCGAAAGCUCGGGGAACUCCCUCCACACAUCUUUGCCAUCUCCGAAGCCUGCUACUUUAACAUGAAGCGCCAUCUCAGGAACCAGUGCUGCAUCAUCAGUGGGGAGUCAGGAGCAGGGAAGACCGAGAGCACCAAGCUGAUCUUGCAGUACUUUGCAGCAGUCAGCGGUGUGCUUUCUGAACACCAUGUUGAAAAGCAGAUCCUAGAGUCUAACCCAAUACUAGAAGCCUUUGGAAAUGCUAAAACAGUCCGCAAUGACAAUUCCAGUCGCUUUGGGAAAUAUUUGGAGAUCUUCUUCACAAAGGACGGAGUGAUUGAAGGUGCUCGUGUGGAGCAAUAUCUUCUUGAGAAGUCUCGUGUCUGCCAUCAGGCACCAGAAGAACGAAACUACCACAUCUUUUACUGCAUGCUGGCAGGAAUUUCAGCUGAAGAGAAGAAAACUCUGCGCCUCAAAGAUUCCAAAGACUACAAGUUCCUCACGAAGGGUGACUGUAUCAGGUGUGAUGGUAGAGAAGAUGCCAAAGAUUACCGCCAUAUUCUUUCUGCUAUGAAAAUCCUGACAUUCUCAGAUAGCCAAUGUCAGGAAAUCCUCAAGCUGCUGGCAGCCAUUUUACACCUGGGAAACGUCUGCUUUGAGGCCAAGACAGAAAACAACUUGGAAACCAGUGAUGUCAGCAAGUCAGAACACUUCCCCACCGCUGCAUCACUACUGGACGUAAAGAAGUCGUCUCUGGCAACUAGUUUGACCCAUCGUUCCUUCAUGACCAACAAAGAGCGGGUGGUAAAACCUCUCAGCUGUGAACAGGCGGCCGACUGUAGAGACGCCCUCGUCAAGGCGAUCUACAACAAGCUGUUCAUUUGGAUCGUUGAAAAAGUCAACCACGUCAUCUAUAAGAAACUGGCCAAGAGCCCCAAAUCCUCCUUUCUGUCCAUCGGCCUGCUCGACAUAUUUGGCUUUGAGAACUUCCUCACAAACAGUUUUGAGCAGCUGUGCAUAAAUUUUGCCAAUGAAAAGCUGCAGCAGUUCUUCGUUGGCCACAUCUUCAAGCUGGAGCAGAAGGAAUACACGAAAGAGGACAUUGAGUGGAGUAACCUCAAGUUUAGUGACAACCAGGACAUCCUGGAUGUUCUGGCUGGGAAACCCUGUAACCUGCUGGCUCUGAUUGACGAGGAGAGCAAUUUCCCAAAGGGCACAGAUGUGACUUUGCUGAGCAAGAUGAAUAAGCAACACAAGGGAAACAAGAUCUAUGUCGCCUCCAAGAGUGAACACGACAUAGACUUUGGGAUUCACCACUUUGCGGGCGUGGUUCACUACGACUCCACAGGGUUCCUGGAGAAGAACAGAGAUGCUGUCAGCAGCGACAUCAUCAAAAUGGUCGAGAUGUCCAAGAGUAAGCUGCUCCGUCAGAUAUUCGAGAAUGAGCUUUCGACAAAUUCAGUGAAGGUGGCUAACAACAAGAAGAUCAUCAUGACGCCAAAGAGCUCUCUACGGGUCCAGACUGACAAACGGAAACAAGUGCAGACGCUGAGUGGUCAGUUCCGUCAGUCUCUGGACUCCCUCAUGAAGACUCUGUCCUUCUGCCAGCCCUACUUCAUCCGCUGCUUCAAACCCAACAACGACAAGCAGUCUCAGGUCUUUGACAGAGAGCUGUGUAUGCGUCAGCUGAGGUACUCUGGCAUGAUGGACACCAUCCGCAUCCGAAAUCUGGGAUAUCCCAUUCGCCACACCUUUGCCGAAUUCUUGAAGCGCUACAGGGUGCUCCUGAAGACGACUGUCUGUGACCCCAAAACUGAGAGUCCUGCUGCCUGUUGUGAAGCCAUCUGCAAUGCAGUGAUUGAAGGAGAGAACGAGUGGAAAAUAGGCAGGACCAAGAUUUUCCUGAAGGAUGCCCAUGAUGCCCUCCUGGAACGACUGAGGGAACAAGAACUCAGCAGGGUAGCUGUUGUGAUCCAGAGGGUCAUGCUGGGAUACAAAGACAGAAAGUCUUUUCUGAGGAAACGGAGUGCAGCUGUGGUGAUGCAAAAGAACUGGAGAGCUUACAGGGAGAAGCAAAUCCGAAUAAAGCUCCUGCGCGGCUUUCAUAGGCUGGUCUCAAAGAUCCGUGGUCGGAAGCUCCAGUUACAGUACAAAAGACAGCAAGAAGCAGCUCUUACCAUACAGACCCAGGUACGAGGCUACAAGGCGAGGACGGACUGGAAGAAAAAGAGAGAGGCGGUCAUACUGCUGCAGGCUCACACCAGAGGUCACCUGGCCAGAAAAGAAACUGACAAGAUGAAGAAUGACGCCCUCCUUAUACGUCAGGAGCAAGAGAACCAAAAGCAAAUUGCCCGGGAUCUUCAGCAGCGACUGGAAGCUAUUGCCAAGUCACAGGAAGCAAAGGAGAAGCCUAAGCCAAAAACUGACCUGAAAAUGGUGAAAAAUACUUUUGGCAUCAUGGCCGCAGAUGAAAUUGAUAUGAGGCAGGAAACACCAGAGCCAAUGGAGGAAAUAUCUCGUGAGAAUAUCUAUGAUAUCUCUGACCCGGAGUCAGAUAUCAGCACCCCAAGCCCAAAACUGGCCCCAGCCCCAAAACCAGCUCCAGCACCAGCCCCAAAAGCGGCUCCGGCCCCCGCCCUGGCCCCAUCCCCAAAAGCGACUCCAACCCCGGCCCCGGCAAGCCCAACCCCAUCACAGGAGGAAGAGGAGGAUGAUGAGUUUGAUGACGGUAGCGAGGAGUUUUCAUUCAAUAGGUUCGCCAUCCUUCACUUCCAGGGCAACGCUUCCCACACACACAUCACCCAAAGACUCAAGGAGCCUCUUCUGAACCACGACGAUGAGGGCGACAUAGUGGCAAGUCUGUCUUGCUGGUGGAUUAUCCUGCGGUACAUGGAGGACAUACCAGAGCCAAAAUCAAUAGACUCUGUAUCUCUAGCAUCCAGCACUGUCAGCUCCCGCAAUACGACUAGUCGGGGCAGGAGGCUGAGCAACCUGGUGGGACUCGACCAGAAAAUACUGAGGAAGAACAAGAAGAAGGCUGGAGGCACAAACAGAAGAGCUUCUGCUAUUCCUGAGGAGUUAGAGAACUUAACAGAGGACGAGGACAUUCUGAUCGGCGAGGGUCCAACACUGGACCGUAUACUUUCAUCCAAGGACAAACUGCACAUUAUCAUUGGAUACGGUCUAUCCAGACGAGGGAUGAGGGAUGAGAUUUACUGUCAGAUCUGCAAGCAGCUGGGGAAUAACAGCAACAGGAAAAGCCGCAUGCUAGGCUGGGAACUUCUCUCCAUCUGUCUUGGGAUCUUCCCCCCAACAGACCUCUUCAUGAAGUAUUUGGAGAAGUUUGUCCGCAAAGGCCCUAAUGGCUACGGAGAAUAUUGCUCUAAACGCCUGCGUCGUAUCGUAUCCAACGGAGAGAGAAAUGAGCUGCCCUCUUGGAAAGAGAUACAGGUUGCCAAGACAAAGUUGCCCAUAGACGUGUCUUUGACUCUGAUGGAUGAUCAGACUAUUACUCUGCCCCUGGACUCUGCCUCCACCUCUGCGGAAGUCUGCCAAGCUGUGGCCGACAAAAUUAAUCUUCGAGACACAUACGGAUUCUCCCUCUACAUCAGCCUUCAUGAGAAGAUGUGGUCUCUGGGCAGCAAUGAGAAGCACGUUUUCGAUGCGGUGUCUCAGUGCGAGCAGGAGAUGAGGAGGCAGGGCAAGCAGGAGAAGAACGCCCCGUGGAAGCUCUCCAUCCGCAAAGAAAAGUUCACACCCUGGCAUGACUGCUCAGUGGACCCAAUCGGCACAGAUCUAAUCUACAGCCAGGUCAUCAAGGGAAUCAAGCAGGGAGAGUACACCUGUGAUAAGGAUGAUGACUACGUCCAGCUGGCAGCAAAGCACUAUUACGUCACGUUUGGUGCCGAAUUCAAGAGAGACAACGUCCAGAAGGUGGUGGAAGAGUGCAUCACCACAACACUUAUCGAGAAAAAAUCUAUGGGGAAAUGGAUCCAACUCAUCAGCAAUGAACAUUUACAGGGUCCUUAUGUGAGUGGGGCAAUAAGUAAAGGGACCAUAAAAGGAGAAGUGGUGGAAAUGGCCCAAAAGAAAUGGUCCCUCGACUUCUCCAGAUUUUAUGAAGUUACAAUGACGUCAGGACCUCCUUUGCCAAAAAGCAGGUUUAUUGUGGCUGUAAACUCAAGUGGCAUCUUCUUCAUGGAUGGAAGAGACCGGAGACUCGUUGAGCUUUCUUACAUAGAGGUAAAGGAAGUCCGAAAAGUCAGUGACAGUCAUUCCACUGUCCAUUCCGUGAAUUUGGCCACACUCCGCGGACAGUUUGUCCUGAUGUGUGGGGAAGCAGAUGACAUGAUUGAUAAUAUAGAGAAAAACCUAGCUGGGCUGAGAGAGCGCUCACUGUUUGCACUGGUGCAGCAGGACAAUAAAACAGAUGACUCCACGUUCACACCUUGUAAACGAGGGGACCUGUUGGUGGUACAUAAAGAUAGAGACUAUUCUCGUGAGACCUGGAUCAAAGCAACUAACCAGCGGACCAUGAACAACGGUGCUGUCUAUAAAGACACAAUACAGUUUCUGCCAACUCUCACCAGACCCACCGACGAUAUACUGGAUCUGCUCAGUCCAGGUCACAAGAAAACUGCAACCACACAACUCACCACACAUAGAGACGAAUCUGUGGCUCCCAUCUCUUUGAAAGAGUUUGCACUUGAGAACUUCAGGCCUCCAGGUAAAGAUGUGGGACGGCAGGGCGCGGCCAGAGGAGCCGGCAGGGAGAAACUGUGGGCUAGUUCCAAAGAACCUCUCAAACAGCCCCUGAUGAAGAACCUGUUACGUCACUCAGACCUCAGCUCCCUGGCCUGCAACGCCUUCACUGCUAUCCUGAAGUAUAUGGGCGAUUACCCCAUCAAACAUGCUCGCAGUCCCGUCGAGUUGACUGACCAGAUCUUCGGUCCAGCCACCCAACAUGAAGCUCUGCAGGAUGAGAUCUACUGCCAGAUUAUGAGACAGAUGAGCAGCAACAAUAACAGGUUGAGCAUGGAGCGCGGGUGGCAGCUGCUGUGGCUAUGUACAGGCUUGUUCCUGCCCAGUCCGAGUUUGAUGUCACACACUCAACGAUUCCUGGAGACGCGGCCCAGAGACACGCUGUCUGCUGGCUGCCUGCAAAGGCUGAAGGGGAUGAGCAGCAAGGAGCCCAGGAAGCUUCCUCCCCAUCUGGCAGAAGUGGAUGCCAUCCAACAGAACAGCACUCAGAUCUUCCAUAAAAUCCACUUCCCAAAUGACACAAAUGAUAUAUUAGAGGUGACAUCGACAACCACAAUCAACGACCUGUGCCGCGAUAUUGCCACCCAUCUCAACCUGAACUCAACCGACGGAUACGGGCUCUACUUGAAAACACCAAACAAGGUCCAGAGUUUGGAAGACGACAAAUAUUUCUUUGACAGUUUAAGGGAGACGUCCGACACUCAGAAGAAAGGAAAAAAAGCCAAAGAAGGCACCACAGCCAACAUGCCUUACCUGGUGAUCUUUAAGAGGAAGCUCUGGUUCAAUGUGAGCCCAGGAAAAGAUCUGAAUGCAGACCUCAUGUUCCAUUUCCCACAGGAGCUGCCUAAGUACCUGCGGGGAUACCACGAUUGCUCCAAAGAGGAAAUGAUCGACCUGGGUGGGCUGCUCUUCAGAGUCGAAGUGGAUUCAGACAGGUCGCAGUUUGUCAUGAUCCCCAGAAUACUGAAUAAACUGGUUCCUGCUGACCAGAUAAAAAUCAUGUCCCCAGAGGAGUGGAAGAAGAACAUCAUCGCCUCUUACAACAAGCAGAGUGGCAUGACAGUGCAGGAGGCCAAAAUUGCCUUCUUGCAAGGCAUCUCGGGCUGGACAACCUUCGGCUGUGCCUUCUUUGAAGUUAAACAAACAUGUGAAAAUAGCUACCCAAACAGACUUUGGGUUGCCAUCAGCAAGCAAGGUGUGAGCUUCAUAGACCCAGAGACAAAGGAGAUGCUUAUCAUGCACCCAUACGGCCGGCUCACAGAGUACUGCAGUGGAGACGACUUCUUCGAGAUGACCAUCGGCACCCUGGUUAGAGGCUACACCUUUGUCUGUGAAACCAAAAAGGGUUUCACAAUUGAGGACCUUCUUAGAUCAUACGUCAAACUGUAUGAGAGUCAGCGGCAGGCUUAUAAACCAAGAAACUACAUGUUCACCUCUCUUCAAGGGAGAAAGGACAGUAUUGACCUGAUGUGA